AAUUCUCAAAUUACUCCUUUAUCACGAUUACUAAACAUCGAGAGCCACCGUAGUCCUUCAUGUUUUUGGCCUUGGAUCCACAACUGAAGACCUCGUCACUAUCAUUAACCUCCACACCGCCGCCACUAGCCUCCUCUAGCUUUAUAAACCGAUUAUAAGUGAGCAAGAGCAGGUGCAGACAUCUUCUACUUUAUAAACUGACCUUGACAUCAGAGCUGUUCAUUUCAGAUCUCUUUUUCUUCAUUUUUCUCACAUCCAACACACACCUUCUCUGUUCCACUUCUCACUUUAAAGUUAGAUUCCAAAAAUUCGAUUACUUUUCCGCUAACAUAAAUAGAUUCCAAAUCCUUGCUUUCGAUUCGAAGGUCCAUAUACUGGUGAAUUUCACUGGCAAGCUCGACGGAACCUACUCGACGGUGGCGAAUACUGUAAUGGAGACCUUUAACAAAAUCUUCGCGGUAAACACUUGGGGCAUGUUCCUGUGCUGUAGAGAAGCAAAGAAUAGAAUGAAGUGUGGCGGCAGAAGGGGAUAUAAUCCAGUUGAUGACGUUGCUGGUGACGGAGCUGCGGACAUGAGGCGGUAGUGAAUUCCUAAGCUUUUAAGCUCAAAGCUUCAGAUUUCGCAAUUUGCAAUUAAAAAAAGGUUUAUGAUCAAAUUAUGGCACAUUUUACAGUGCAUGAUCGCUUGAAGCAACGGAGCAGCCUUUCAAGUUUCAGCAGAUUGAUGAGUUGGAAUUUGUAUAAGACAAUUUUGUGGCCCGAAAGUAAUGAGGUUUCGUUGGGUUUAAGGUCGGGUAAGAGUCUCAAAAAUAGACCCGGUCAAUAUUUAGGUCCUGGUUUGGGUCAGGACAAAUCCGGUUUCACCCGUCCCAAUACUCCCCUAUCUUCAAAUGUACAACAGAAGCCUUUGCUCUGCGUGCACCAGAACUCUCUCACAUGUUACAGCUUCAACUUCCAAAUUCAUUGUGCACGCUGAUAAUUACAAUUAUGCCAUCCCAAAACACCGCUUUCCAAACGCACAACAUCUAGAGCCUCUCACAACCCAAUUGGAGUCUCUGUUCCGUUCUUGUUCUGAUUCCUCUCUGCUUCCACAGGUCAAGCAAAUUCAUGCUUGGGUCACUGUUUGUGGAAUGAGUGAUAUCGAUGUGUUGGGUUCAAGAAUUGCAGGGUUGUAUGUUCUUUGUGGUAGCAUCAGGGAUGCUAGGAACUUGUUUUUCAGGCUUGAGUUGGGCUAUGCACUUCCCUGGAAUUGGAUGAUAAGAGGGUUUGUGAUGUUGGGGUGGCAUGAUUUUGCAUUGUUGUUUUACUUCAUGAUGUUGGGUAGUGGAGUCUCGCCUGAUAAAUACACUUUCCCUUACAUUAUAAAAGCUUGUGGUGGUUCAAAUAAUGUUGCAUUGGGUAAGAUGGUGCAUAACACAAUUCGGUCAAUAGGGAUCCAUGUGGACUUGUUUGUUGGUAGUGCCUUGAUCAAGUUGUAUGCAGAUAAUGGGUGUAUUUGUGAUGCAAGGCAAGUGUUCGAUGAAUUGUCUGUAAGAGACUGCGUUUUGUGGAAUGUCAUGCUAAAUGGUUAUGUAACUAGCAGUGAUUUUAACAAUGCAAUAGAAACUUUUCAGGAAAUGAGGAAUUGUUAUAUCAAACCCAAUUCAGUAACUUUUACUUGUAUGUUAUCAUUAUGCUCUACAAGAGGGAUGUUUUAUGUUGGUACUCAGCUUCAUGGUCUUGUUAUUGGUAGUGGGUUCCAGCAUGAUUCGCAGGUAGCAAACACACUACUUUCCAUGUAUUCCAAAUGUGGUAACCUUGUUGAUGCAUAUAGUGUGCUUCAUGUGGGGUCUGCCAUCACAGAUAUGUAUUCAAAAUGUGGAAGACUAGAUCUUGCAUAUCAAUUUUUCAGAAGGAUGCCUGAAAGAGAUAGUGUAUGUUGGAACUCACUGAUUACAAGCUUCUCACAGAAUGGUAAACCAGAAAUGGCUAUUAAUAUUUUUCGUGGAAUGGGAAGGAGUGGAACCAAGUUUGAUUCCGUGAGCCUAUCAUCUGCACUUUCUGCGAGUGCAAAUAUACCGGCACUCUAUUCUGGGAAAGAGAUGCACGGCUUUGUGAUAAGAAAUGCAUUUACUUCUGACACUAUUGUUACAAGUGCACUGAUAGACAUGUAUUCUAAAUGUGGAAAAUUAGCCAUGGCUCAGUAUGUGUUUGACCUGAUGUACUGGAGGAAUGAAAUUUCAUGGAAUAGCAUCAUUGCUGCAUAUGGAAACCAUGGUCGCCCCAGGGAAUGUCUCGAUCUAUUCCAUGAAAUGUUAAAAGCCGGGAUUCACCCGGAUCACGUUACUUUCCUUGUUAUAAUAUCUGCUUGUGCUCAUGCUGGCCUAGUUGAUGAAGGCAUAUCAUAUUUCCGUUGCCUGACUGAAAGCUAUGGGAUUUGUGCUAAGAUGGAGCACUAUGCAUGCAUGGUAGAUUUGUAUGGUCGAGUUGGUUGUUUGCACGAGGCACUCGAUACUAUAAAGAGCAUGCCGCGUGCUCCAGACGCAGGUGUUUGGGGGACACUACUAGGAGCUUGUCGGGUUCAUGGCAAUGUUGAGUUGGCCAGACUAGCUUCCGAACAUCUUCUGGAGUUAGACCCCCAAAAUUCGGGGUACUAUGUAUUGCUUUCGAAUAUACAUGCCGGUGCAGGGGAGUGGUCAGAUGUUCUUAAGAUUCGAAGUCGAAUGAAGGAAAAAGGAGUUCAGAAAAUAUGCGGAUACAGCUGGAUUGAUGUGAACGGCAGCACCCAUAUGUUUUCUGCUGCUGAUGGUAGUCACCCACAAUCUUUUGAGAUCUAUAUGAUUCUGGAGAGUCGUCUCCUUGAGUUAAAAAAACAGGGUUAUGUUCCUCAACCAUACCUUCCACUGCAUCCACAAGUCGUUGUAAAAACUUGAAUGGAAACAACUAAUUUCUAUAUUCCAAGCAUCAGCAAGAGCAAAAGUUUUGUUCUAUGUAAUCCAUAUUAUUAUAAAAAUGGUGUACACUAAAUAUUAGCCACCAAUUUUGUAUUCUUUCAUGCUGAUAAUGGAAAAUUAAAACUAGUGAUCAUCAAUUCAA